AUGGAUUCUGAUGAAGAUUUUACAACUUCGAUUAAUACUUUUAAUACUAUCAUAGACUCUGAUGAUAUUGUAACUUCAUCAAGUGCUACGGGUGCGCAGGAUGAUUCAGAAGACGAUGAAUUUAUAACUCCACCUAAUAAUUUUGGUACUCAUUGGACAGGUUUUUUACGUUCAAAGCAAGUUAAAAAUACCAAAUCACGUCGAUAUAAUGCCAAGUGUUCAUAUUGUAACAAGGUAUUUGAAGCACGAAAAGAAGCAAUGAUAAGUCAUAUAACAAAUAUCUGUCAAAAAAUAUUAGCUGAUGAUAAAAUACUUUAUAUACGAAAAAUUAAUAAAAAAAAUCCUGAAAAUAUAUCCAAGUCUUACCCGGAUGAAGAUAUAGAUAUAUCUUCAAAAAAACGUAAAGCUACCUUGACAGACUUUUUCAACAAGGCUUCAAUUUCACCAGAUAAAAUUAAUGAGCUUCAUACUUUAUUAUUACAAUCAUUAAUCUAUAGUAAUGUUCCAUUUCGAUUUGUUGAAAAUCCAUUUUUUGCUUUAUUUUUAAAAAAAUUAUACUCAAGUUAUAAUUUACCUUCGAGAUAUAUAUUAACACAUAGAAUAAUGCAAGCAGAAUAUGCAAGAGUAUUAUUAGAAAUGGUUGACCGCCUUGAAGAAUCUAAUGAUUUAACUCUUUCUCUUGAUGGUUGGACCGAUGUAUCAGGAAAUUCUAUAUAUGCAUUUCUUUUGCACAAAUUUGAAAAUGUUAAUGAAGUUAUUAAUAUUGAAGACUUUUCAAUUACUCGACAUACAGCAAAUAAUUUAUUAAUAGCUAUUGAAACUUCAUUAAAAAAUAUAAACUUAGAUUUUAACAAAAUUAUUGCAUUAGUUACAGAUAGUCCUUCAGUUAUGCUAAAAAUGAGCGAAAAUAGUGAUAUUGAUCAAGAAUUUAUCGAGCAUGCAAAAAAUAUUAUUAAUAUUAGAGCAAAAGAAUUUGAUGAACCAAUAUACUAUUUAAGCUUUUUUUUGCAUCCAAAAUUUCGUAAAAUAGCUGUAUCUAAAAAACUAUCUCUUGAUAAUAUGUUAAUUUAUGCUUUAACAUUCGCUCAAAAAUGGAACUUUACAAGAGAACAAGCUAACCAAAUUUCAGAACAAUUAAACAAUUAUUUUAAUAAUGAACCACCAUAUAAUUCAGUUUUAACUUUAGAACCACGAUUAUAUUGGAAGCGUCUUUCUUAUGGAGCUGAAGCAUUAAAAACUUUAGCACUAAAAAUAUUUGCAAUUCGUCCUCAUGCUGCUGGAGUUGAACAGCUAUUUUCAUCCAUGGGUUUAACAAAAACAAAAUCUCGAAACCGACUAACUACUCCAACAUUAAAAAUAAUUUCACAAAUAAAAUCUGCUUUAGCAGUAGAAGCUCCUAAAAAAGUUGAAAAUAAUCAAGUAUCAAACAAUACUAAUGAAGAUACAAAUUUUGUAGAAUUAGAAGACUAUGAUACAUUAUUUACCUCAAGUUCCGAUACUAAUGAUGAUAUCGAAUGGGAAAGUGAACUUCAAGAAAUUUAUACAGAAUUUGAAAAUUCAUCAGAUUUAUUUUUAGAACAACUUGUUAAUUUUAAUGUCGAAGAGUUAACACUAGAAUCAAUUAACAAAGAAAAUAUAACUAAAGCUGAAAUUACAAGUCAAUGGACUCUAGAAGAAAUUUUAAAUAAACAUAAUAUUUAA